CAGAUGCACUGAUGUUUGCCCUUCUUCACAAAUACCGAGUCUAUCUGAUAUUGGCAAAUGCACAGACGGUAGCUGUGAAUCCCUAGUAGGAGAAUGAGUGAGAGGGAUAUCCGAAGCUUGAGCAAAGGGGUAUUGGUGCUUUCUCUCUGCCUUAUAACGCUAUGGGGAAGGCUGACGCUGGCCUCAUCACACCACAGAAGCCAUUCAGUGCACAUAGAGCCUGGCACAUGUGAAGUCAUUGCUGCCCACAGAUGCUGCAAUAAGAACAAGAUUGAAGAGCGCUCACAGACGGUGAAAUGUUCCUGCUUCCCAGGUCAGGUGGCUGGGACAACGCAUGCUGCUCCUUCAUGUGUGGAUGCCUCAAUAGUGGUCCAGAAGUGGUGGUGCCAAAUGCAGCCAUGCCUAGAAGGAGAGGAGUGUAAAGUGCUACCAGAUUCAUCUGGAUGGAGCUGCAGUAGUGGCAACAAAGUGAAAACAACUAAGGUCACGCGGUAGGUCUGGGAAGAUCUACCCUUCUCUGACAGGACCUGCAUCGACAUGGCCGGCACUGCAGAAACGGCACACCGUGGCUUUUGUUCAGGUGCAAGAAGUUUCCUGCAACACUGGAAACAGGAGGACUUCCUUGGCACAGGAUAGAAUGAAAUUGUGUUGGUAUAGGAUGGCUAAUCUUCAUGGGCACUUUAUUGUUCUUCCACUAGUACACCUGCCAAGGGAAUGGUGCCACAGUUUGCUCCCUCCUGCUAGAACAGCACCAAGGAUUACAGAAAGGCAACUGGCACACCUGCCUGGGCAGAGCUCUUGGAAAAUAUCCCUUGUUUAUGAAGACAAAAUGUUGCACCAAUGACUGAUUCAGUGCAGCCUCUGAGGUAUUUAACAUCAAUUGCUACUAAGUCUACAAUAAUGGGUCUUGAGUGCAUCACACAAACUUCCUUCUGCUCCACAUUUCUCCUCCAUAUCAUGGAUGUACCUGCGGAAAAAAUGCAUUUCUUCCCCUUUUGCUCAAUGAAAUGUUGGAGUCAUAUAGAGUCUCUUGAUGGCUACAGAGAAAAAGCAGAUUUCUUUCCUUUUAUUUCUCCUGUGUCUGUAGGUUGGCUAUGAUGAUUGCUAAGAGAAUCAAGAUGUUGAGUGGGUGUUGGAAUUUACUGUU